AGAUAUGCAAAGGGCUACUUCUAAUUUCACCACCAUCAUUGGCAACGGAGCCUUUGGUUCUGUUUAUAAAGCACAGAUGGCUACAGGUGAGACAGUUGCAGUUAAAGUCCUAGGUACUAAUUCAAGACAAGGAGAGCAGGAAUUUUUAUCUGAGGUUUUAUUACUCGGAAGAUUACAUCACAGAAACCUGGUUGAUUUGGUGGGAUAUGUGGCAGAAAGAGGACGACAUAUGCUUCUUUACACUUACAUGAGCAAUGGCAGUCUUGCUUCCCAUUUGUAUGAUUUCGGGAAAAAUCAUGAGCCAUUGAGUUGGGAUUUGAGGCUUGGCAUAGCACUGGAUGUUGCAAGGGGACUGGAAUAUCUACAUUGUGGGGCUUCUCCACCUGUUGUGCACCGUGACAUCAAAUCUUGCAACAUACUGCUGGAUCAGUCUAUGAAGGCCAAGGUCACUGACUUUGGGCUUUCCAGACCAGAGAUGAUCAAACCUCGCACAUCGAAGAUCCGAGGAACUUUCGGCUAUCUUGACCCUGAGUACUUGUCUACAAGAACCUUCACUAAGAAAAGUGAUGUUUAUAGCUUUGGUGUGCUACUGUUUGAGCUUAUCACAGGCAGGAAUCCGCAGCUAGGGCUCAUGGAAUAUGUAAAACUAGCAGCCAUGGAAGGUGAGGAUAAGGUUGGAUGGGAAGAAAUUGUGGACGGACAAUUAAAUGGAAAAUAUGAUGUGCAUACUCUUAACGACAUUGCUUCACUUGCUUUCAAAUGUGUCAAUGAAGUCUCCGAAAGACGACCCUCGAUGUGUGAAAAUUUUCAAGAAUUAUCUCAGCUUUCUAAGAGGCAUAGUAAAAUUAAUGGCCCAACAUCAUCUGCUGCUGCAUUAAAGGAAAUGUGCAUUGGAAUCGACCAGACUGAAACUCAGGGCUUUUCAUCAAUUGAGCGCACAAACUUAUUGGGGAGAUUGCAUAGCCGAUGA